UGUUGGCUCGGCUGUGACGCUCGAAGCUGGGAACUACAUUAGUCGGGAGUUCUGUGAGAUCCACUCAGUUAGAGGCGGCUUCACAAAUUGUCAAAGAGGCUUUCGUUUGCGGGGAGUAAAAGAUCAGGCAAAAUGAAGACGCCAAGUUUCAGUCUGAAGUUUCUUUUGGCGAUGGGAUUGCCUUUUGCCCUUUUGGCAAUGUCUUCAACAAAGGUGCCAGAAAGCCUAGGUGACUAUGAAAUAGAUGGAUCUGGCAUCGAGUCUGAAGAUGAUGACAUCUAUUCUGGCUCUGGCUCUGGUGAUGGCUUUAUGCUAAGAAAUUUUGAUGUGGAGCAUACAACGACUUUUCGCACACUUCCUUCAACAACUUCAAGUAAUUUCCAUUCAUCAAGCCAAGUAGCCAUGACAAGUGAUAUGAUCACAGAAGCAGAUGUGAAUAUUUUACUGGUGCAUCAUGACUUACCAGUAGUUGAUACAACUAUUGGAGCCACAGUGACGAGUAGUAAAUCUGCAACUUUUAUUCCACAAGGCACUGAUAUUCAUCUUGUUCCUGAAAACAACACUAAAAGUUUUCUGGCACGUGGAGUUGGAUCCAAACAUGAUGUUACUGAAGUGAGCAGUGCCAAGCCUACUGUUUAUGCCACAUUACCAGAGAAUGCAGUUACUGUUGUCGAUGAUGAAUCCUUAGCUGUCACAAAGAUGUUUGCAGCAAAUGAAAUGACAACCAUGGUGGGUCAAAAUUCUGAACAAUCUGAAAAGGAAGUGAAGAACGAGAUAUUUGAUGAUUUACAACUGAACAAUGCAAUCACUGAGAGUGAUAUAUACUUCACAGAUAUAAUAGAAAGUAGAACUGUUCUGAAUCAAAACCACAUUCUAGAUACAAAAACAUCUAUUGAGCCACCGCAGGAGAGAUACUCUCAUGAAGCCAGUGCAUCUGGGAGCUUUCUGGAACGAAGGGAAUUGUUGGCAGCAACUGUUGCUUCAGGAUUUGUGGGACUUGUACUUGCUGUUCUACUUGUUGCGGUGCUCGUGUAUCGAAUGAAGAAAAAGGAUGAAGGAAGUUAUACGUUGGAUGAAUCCAAGCAACUACCAAAUGGAGGCUACCAGAAACCACAAAAGCAAGAGGAGUUCUAUGCAUAAAUGUAUUUCUAAAAAUGUUAUCUAUCAAUCUUUUAUGCAAAAUGAACACUUUUUUUUCUCUUGCCUGGAUUAGAAAGUGAAUCUGAAAAAAACCCGCCAGUCUAGCCUCUAUUACCAUGCCACAAUGAUUGUAUUUUUUGACAGUUCUGAUACAGACAGAGGUAGCACGUUUGUCCUGCAACGAGAUGUCUUGCCAUUUGGCUUCAUGGGUGAGGAGACUUGGUUAAAUUUUCACUGCAAUUUUUAAGUUGUAGAAUACAGCUGCCUUUUGAAAUGGUGGGAUAAAAUAGCUUGGCUUUAAAAAAAAACACUUAGGAUAAAAAACCCAGCUGGGAAUGCACAGUACAAUAUUGUAAAGCCACAAACUGCCUAAAUCUUGUAAAUGUUAUUAUUGUAAAAGGAUCAGCCAAAUGAGAGGGGUAAAAAUGACAUGGGUUCUUGUACUAUUGUGAUUUCAAGUUGUAUGGAAGUUGACCCUAUGUACCUAUUGAGAUAGGUUUACAUUAGAGAUUCCUAGUGAACUUGGUCAUGCAUUGUUUUUAGUUGUGUGUUACAAUUCAUAGAAAAAGAUGCAUUUAAAUUUUUAAAGAGGUUAACUAAAUUCAGGCAUUCCUUCAGUUCAAUUGGAAUUGAAGGACUAAUUGGUAAAAUGUAGUCCAUUCUAAAUACAGUAAACUUUGUGUUAUCUGGCACUCUUCCCUUUCGUUCACCUUAAUUUCUGACAGGUCCACGUUUUAAAAGCUACUCAAUGUCCAGUUUAUGCAUAUUAACAACAACAAUGGAUUGUAAACCUGAAGAAAUCGUUCUUCAUCUUUACAUUGAAAUGAUUAAUGUUUUGCGUCUGUUUUGGUUAUUCACCAUUUGGAGUAACCGAUGGUGAAGCUGAUUUCUUUACAAUAGCUGGUCUGAAAGUCAUGCUGUCAGUUGUAGUGAUUCCACUAUGCGGCAGCCCCGUAACAGCCACCCUUCAUCUGCUGUCUCCUCUCAACUCUUCAAAGACAACUCAGCACUUUGCCCUGAACCUGGAAUAACGUAGCACCCCAUUAACUAACAUUUUAGAUGAAAUGGCACCGACCAUUCCCCUAGAGUGCCAGAUAACCUGCAUUUUACUGUUGUUUAAUUGAUCAAAGUGUGGGGACGGCCGAGGCGGGAAGGAGUAGUUGAAUGUUGCUUUGUGAGUUAAGUAUACUUUUGGUCCUGAAACUUUCAGUUAAUUCCUGCAGUCGAUAUGCUUUUAUACUGUAGCAAGUCAUUGGAGCGUCUAAACCCUUUUAAAGAGCUGGGCCUCUGAAAUUAAAUGAGGGGAUGGGGUGGGCGGGUGGUGUGUUGGGGAGAAAGGUUGGAAGUUCCAUGGUCUUACAUUGACAGGGUUCAUACAUGGGUGUUGGGGGCUCAAACAAGGUGAAGUGUGAGUUGGCUGCUGCCUACUUGCCUGUCCUGACCUGGCUCCCAUUUCCCAGGCGGCAAAGGAGUUGCCAGGCAACCAGCCUGCACUUGGACCUGACGAAUAGCUGGUUAAGUGGCUCAUCUUGUCUUUGCUGCUGUUCCACCGACAGCAGAGGAGGUCCUUGCCAAGUGGAUGGCAAGGCAGCUGUUGUAGGGUAAAGAUGGGGAAAACCCAUUUAGGGGUCCAAUGUCUAUUGGAUGAACAAUCCUCAAGAUCAUUGCCCUGAAUCAUCUUCAUUGGUUUUACAAUCCUCACCCCCACCCUCCUACUGUCACCUCUCUCCCCCUUCCCAAGUGGAUUCUUCCAGCCAAGCCCUGGAUGUACUUGAGGUCCCUUCCAUGAGCUCAUCUUCCUCAGGGAAUGCUUGUAGACCCAAAAGUGGCCACUAUUUGGAACUGGCAGUGCCGAGACUGUUUGGGCGAUUGGAUUGGGCCCUCAGCUUUCCCGGGGUAGGCCUUGCUCCCUGGGUUAAGGUGACAUCUCACCUUUACCCAAUUACCAUGAUGCUUUGGGGCAGCCAGUAUUGGUGGGAAUACAAGCUCCAUGAAAUGUCAGGUGAUGUGGCAGGAAAUCCCACCAUCUCAACCAUCCUGCCCUCAGUAAUGUUCAGUGUUCAUCCACCCCAAUUCUUUUUUUUGCACAGACGAGUAUUUUUGUUCUUCUUGAUAUUCAGUGGUGUUGAUCUUUAAUUUAAAUAAUUGAAAUUGAUCAUUUUCAGGCAUACCUCUGUUUUCUCCCUGAAAGCAUAACGCAAUUACUCCAUCUAAUCUAUCCAAAACACUAUGUUGAGACACUAUAAGGUCCACAUAUGAAAUACAGUCACCAUUUAUACAGUCAAAUACAGCCAAGUGAAAUGUCUUGCACCUUUUAUACAUAUUGUGUUAAAAAAAAGAGCUGGGAUUUGAACUAGCAGUCAGUGAUAUGGUUCUUUCUCAGCUGCUGCACAGUUCCUCCUAUACGUUUCUGCAUUCCUGAUUUAUAUUUCUAACAAUGGAACAACUUAACGCGGUUUUAAACUUAUGAACAAAUGGGUGUAUAAAGGAGACAACUGUAUAUGCCUCCCACUGUUUUUGAAUCACUGCCAUUUUGAAGAGUUGGGUAAAUGGAAUUUUGUAAAGUUGAACUGUAAUUGCAAUUUCAUGACUCAGCAGUUGAAGAUCUGCAUUUUCUAAAGUUAACAAAAGAAUAAACCAAAUAUAAUUAUUUUUGUAUGAUAGAGCUAGUCAUUAAUCUUUGUUUAGAAUCAUUUAUGACUAGCAAACUGGCUAGAUGUCAAAGGAUUUGGUUAAAUGGUGUUUGUGACUUUGUGACUCUUAUCAUGACUGUUGAACUUUAUUCUGACCUUUCAUUCAUGCUUUCUAUUUAUUAACUGUGUUGUUUCGAUAUGUAUCAGACAAUAAAAGAACACAGAAACAA